GCCGUUGCCGCCGCCGCGCGCGCCCGGCCCCGCUCGGCUCCGCUCGCAGCGACUCGCAGGCGCCAUGGCGGCCGCUCGCAGCGACAUGGCGGAGCCGGAGGGGCUGCUUCCCGGCGAGGCGGCGGCCGCCGAGGAGGAGGAGGCCGGGGCUGGAUCCUCGUCGUCGCCUUCUUCCUCGGCGGCGGCGGCGGAGACGGAGUCGCUGCUGCUGCUGAACGGCGAGGCGGAGAGCAUGUCGGAGCCGAGCCCGGAGAGCGCCAGCCAGGCCGGGGACGGGGAGGACGAGGACGAGGAAGAGGAGGAAGAGGAGGAGGAGGAGGAGGAGGGCGGCGAGGAGGAGGAGAGCAGUCUGGUGGGGAGCAGCAGCACGAGCAGCGGCUGCUGCAGCGACGAGACCCGCUCGCUGAGCCCCGGCGGCAGCAGCGAGGCCGACGCCAAGGAGGAGCCCAAGGGCCCCCGGGGCAGCCAGGAGGACGGGCUGGGCCGCGGCGGAGGCGGAGGCGGCGGGAGCAGCUCCAGCAGCGUGUCCAGCGGUGGCGACGAGGGCUACGGCACCGGCGGCGGCGGCGGCGGCGGCGGCAGCAGCAGCGGCAGCAGCAGCUGCAGCGCCACGUCGGGGGGCCGGCGGGGCAGCCUGGAGAUGUCCUCGGACGGGGAGCCCCUCAGCCGCAUGGACUCGGAGGACAGCAUAAGCAGCACUAUUAUGGAUGUAGACAGCACAAUUUCCAGUGGGCGUUCAACUCCGGUUAUGAUGAAUGGACAAGGAGUUCCUGCCUCCUCUGCAAAAAGCAUUGCUUAUAACUGUUGUUGGGACCACUGCCACGCUUGCUUCAGCUCCAGCCCAGAUUUGGCAGAUCACAUUCGCUCUAUACAUGUGGAUGGUCAACGAGGAGGGGUGUUUGUUUGCUUGUGGAAAGGUUGCAAAGUAUAUAAUACACCUUCAACAAGUCAAAGUUGGUUGCAGAGGCAUAUGCUGACACACAGUGGGGACAAACCUUUCAAGUGUGUAGUUGGUGGGUGCAAUGCCAGCUUUGCAUCUCAGGGAGGACUUGCCCGUCAUGUGCCAACACACUUCAGCCAGCAGAACUCUUCAAAAGUUGCCAGUCAGCCAAAGGCCAAAGAGGAAUCUCCAUCUAAAGCUGGAAUGAAUAAAAGAAGAAAGUUAAAGAACAAGAGACGACGAUCAUUACCAAGACCUCAUGACUUCUUUGAUGCGCAAACACUGGAUGCUAUAAGACAUCGAGCCAUCUGCUUUAACCUCUCGGCACAUAUAGAAAGUUUAGGAAAAGGCCACAGUGUUGUAUUUCAUAGUACCGUAAUAGCUAAAAGAAAAGAAGAUUCUGGAAAAAUAAAACUCUUGCUUCAUUGGACACCAGAGGACAUUCUGCCUGAUGUGUGGGUAAAUGAAAGUGAGCGACAUCAGUUAAAAACUAAAGUAGUACAUUUAUCAAAACUACCAAAAGAUACUGCCUUGCUUCUGGACCCAAACAUAUACAGAAAUUCUAGUAAAGGAGGUACAUACAGUGGAAUCCUGAAAGAUCACUUCUGUUAAGAUCACAUACUGAACAAUGCCCCAGAAGAGGUUGAAGAGGUAAAAACCAAGCAAGUGGGGACACCUGCAGUCUUAGUCACUGACAAUGGAUUUAGAAAUAAAGUUGCACAUUAGUCAAAUCCCAUCCUUUUUUUUUUUUUCUUAGAUAAAUAUUUAUGCUUAGUGUAAACAUUCUGUGAAUGAAGUUGAUGCUUCCGUGGAAUAUAUUAAUAUAUUACUGUAUAUCCACAUUUUCAUGGAAUGGUACAGUGGGAGACUGAGCAAACACUCUUCUGGCAACUUAGUGGAACAACUAAAAGGCUUUGCAUGCUUGCUUCUUUAAGCUGCUUUUUUCUUUAGUGAAUACAGUAGUUUAUAUUUGAUGAAAAGAAAAAGUAACCAUCACCAUUUACUCACAAUUCCCAGGAGAACUGUUAACAAGCUAUUAGGCUUUUUGUCAAUGUUAACUAAAUAUAACAUAUGCCAGACAAUAAAACAGCUACCAAGGGAUUAUCCUGUUGCCCUUUGAGUAUGGUGGAUAGUAAUCAUUUGUCAUUUGUAAUCUCGUGUCCUUUUGCAGAUCCCUAAAAUAUGUUGGAUUAUAAUGUUUAAACAAAUGUUGAUGGAAUGCUUGUCUUUUCCAAUCAACUAUGAGUACAUAUAGUACGGUUUAAAGAUGUUAAGAGUGUUGCAGUACGUCUGACCCCCUUUUCAGGAGUAGUAUAGUAUGUUAAUGAGAUCUGCUUUUAUGUGAUCCGUAUCAAUGGACGGUUUUUGAAAAACCUGUACUUAAGCAGUUAGUGUUAUUGGUGUUUUAUUUUACUUUUUUGACCCUUUAGAAUCCCCAUUCGCUUGUAAAGUAUACUUUUUUUAUUUGGCCUAAUGUUUUCUAGAUGUAAAGAAAAUGGUAUUUUUUAAAAAAAAUAAAUCUAGAAAUUCAAUCCUUUAUGCACCAAAGUUGGCUUUGAAAAGGAAAGUAAAAUCAUUUUCUUGCUUAAUAAGCAAGAAGCCAUGGAUUUUUUUUAACUGACAAAUAGAGAUGUGUCUAACCUGUUAGUCUUUGUAUGGAGACAAAAAUGUUGCAUAUAGAUAAUAGGACAUUGCUUGUAAAUAUUUCAGCAGAUUUGUAAUAUAUUUUUAUAUUAUGAAAUGUACUGUAGAUGUUUUUCUAGAGGCAUGAAAGUUAAAAUGUAUAUAUUACGGUAGAAAUAAUAUUGAAGGAUAUUGUAAUUCACUAGUGCUGCCAGAAGAAUUGUUUAAAAAAAGCACCUUCCUUAACAAUAAAAAAACCCUUCUUUUACAUACCUAAGGGACUAUAUACUACUGUUAAUAUCUGUUGUAAGAACAAAAAUACAUUGAACAUCCUUCCCAGAAAUCUUAGAGGGAUGAAUAGUACCCAUAAUUAAUUCAUGGCGCUCCUUUCUAAUAGUGAACAUGAAAUUAGUUUUUUCCUUACUAUCGGAAGGAACUAAUAUGUAAAAUUUGUACGGAUAUAUGCAGUCAAACUGCAGAGUUAGUCCUCCUUAUUUGGGAGGAAUUUACUACAGUGAAACUAAUAACCAGCAGUUUUUACACUAAAUUUUUAUUAAAUAGAAUAAAACUUAAAGUAACCCUUUGGUUGCAGAAGUGAGCAUAUCCUAAUAUAAUACAAAUGCAUUCUGCAUUGGUACUGACACGAGAGUCUUGCUUAGCUCCAGUGGGUUAAAAAUGUUACUUAUAUACACAAAAAAAAAAAAAAAAACUUAUCAAACGAAA